UGACCCUCGUUCCCUCCUCUCCCCGCCCCCGGCGGCGGCGGCUGCUGUUGUCACCCACCGGGCCGCCUGUCCCGCUUGCCCUCCCCGCCGCGGGGCUUGCCGGGCCGGGACAGGCGGCCGUCUCCUCUCUGCCGCCACCGCCGCCAUGCUGGCCGCUCGCCCACCCCACUGGGGGCCCCACCGCACCCCAGCCCCCCGUGGGCCCCGCGCCAGCCCUGACCCGGGUCUCAGCGGCGGUGGCAGCCGAGGUGCAGGAUGCGAGAAGGCGCCCCCCGGCCGGGCUCCCGCUCCAGGCCUCGCUCCCCUGCGGCCCUCUGAGCCCACCAUGGCCAUCCCACCGGGCCAUGGUCCCUUCUCUGGCUUCCCGGGGCCCCAGGAGCACACGCAGGUAUUGCCUGAUGUGCGGCUGUUGCCACGGAGGCUGCCCCUGGCCUUUCGGGACGCAACCUCAGCCCCGCUGCGCAAGCUCUCCGUGGACCUCAUCAAGACCUACAAGCACAUCAAUGAGGUAUACUACGCGAAAAAGAAGCGGCGGGCCCAGCAGGCACCACCUCAGGACUCGAGCACCAAGAAGGAGAAGAAGGUCCUGAACCAUGGUUAUGACGAUGACAACCACGACUACAUUGUGCGCAGUGGCGAGCGCUGGCUGGAGCGCUAUGAGAUUGACUCACUCAUUGGCAAAGGCUCCUUUGGCCAGGUGGUGAAAGCCUAUGAUCAUCAGACCCAGGAGCUGGUGGCCAUCAAGAUCAUCAAGAAUAAAAAGGCCUUCCUGAACCAGGCCCAGAUUGAGCUGCGGCUGCUGGAGCUGAUGAACCAGCACGACACGGAGAUGAAGUACUAUAUAGUGCACCUGAAGCGGCACUUCAUGUUUCGGAACCACCUGUGCCUGGUGUUCGAGCUGCUUUCCUACAACCUGUACGACCUCCUGCGCAACACGCACUUCCGCGGCGUCUCGCUGAAUCUGACGCGGAAGCUGGCGCAGCAGCUCUGCACAGCGCUGCUCUUCCUGGCCACGCCCGAGCUCAGCAUCAUUCACUGCGACCUCAAGCCCGAGAACAUCCUGCUCUGCAACCCCAAGCGCAGCGCCAUCAAGAUCGUAGACUUCGGCAGCUCCUGCCAGCUUGGCCAGCGGAUCUACCAGUAUAUCCAGAGCCGCUUCUACCGGUCGCCUGAGGUGCUCCUGGGCACACCCUACGACCUGGCCAUUGAUAUGUGGUCCCUGGGCUGCAUCCUGGUGGAGAUGCACACUGGAGAGCCCCUCUUCAGUGGCUCCAAUGAGGUGGACCAGAUGAACCGGAUCGUGGAGGUGCUGGGCAUCCCACCAGCCCCCAUGUUGGACCAGGCACCCAAGGCUCGCAAGUACUUUGAGCGGCUGCCUGGGGGUGGCUGGACCCUACGAAGGACAAAGGAACUCAGGAAGGAUUACCAGGGCCCCGGGACACGGCGGCUGCAGGAGGUGCUGGGCGUGCAGACGGGCGGGCCCGGGGGCCGGCGGGCGGGGGAGCCGGGCCACAGCCCCGCCGACUACCUCCGCUUCCAGGACCUGGUGCUGCGCAUGCUGGAGUAUGAGCCCGCCGCCCGCAUCAGCCCACUGGGGGCUCUGCAGCACGGCUUCUUCCGCCGCACGGCUGAUGAGGCCACCAACACGGGCCCGGCAGGCAGCAGUGCCUCCACCUCGCCCGCACCCCUUGAUACCUGCCCCUCCUCCAGCACCGCCAGCUCCAUCUCCAGCUCUGGAGGCUCCAGCGGCUCCUCCAGCGACAACCGGACCUACCGAUACAGCAACCGAUAUUGUGGGGGCCCCGGGCCCCCCAUCACCGACUGUGAGAUGAACAGCCCACAGGUCCCACCCUCCCAGCCGCUGCGCCCCUGGGCAGGGGGUGAUGUGCCCCACAAGACACAUCAGGCCCCUGCCUCUGCCUCGUCACUGCCAGGGGCCGGGGCCCAGUUACCCCCUCAACCCCGAUGCCUUGGCCGUCCCCCGUCACCAACCUCACCACCACCCCCGGAGCUGAUGGAUGUGAGCCUGGUGGGCGGCCCUCCGGACUGCUCCCCACCUCACCCGGCGCCUGCCCCCCAGCACCCGGCUGCCUCAGCCCUCCGGACUCGGAUGACAGGAGGUCGUCCACCCCUCCCACCCCCUGAUGACCCUGCCACUCUGGGGCCUCGCUUGGGCCUCCGUGGUGUACCCCAGAGCACGGCAGCCAGCUCAUGACCCAGCCCCCUCCCUGGGGCCCCUCCUGAAGCCAUACCCCUCAUCUGGGGGCCCUGGGCUCCCAUCCUCAUCUCUCCCCUUGACUGGAAUUGCUGCUACCCAGCUGGGGUGGGUGAGGCCUGCACUGAUUGGGGCCUGGGGCAGGGGGUCAAGGAGAGGGGUUUAGGCGCACCCUCCCCACUAAGGACUGGACCCUUGGCCCCCUCUCCCCCCCUUGUUUUCUAUUUAUUGUACCAAAGACAGUGGUGGUCCGGUGUUGGGGGGGAGACCCCCUUCACCCUAGGGCCCUAGGAGGGGGUGGGGGCAGGUAGGGGGAGAUGGCCUUGCUCCUCCUUGCUGUACCCCCCAGUAAAGAGCUUUCUCACA